AUGCCCAUCCUCCGCAAUCCCUUCCGAAAGCAGGAUGAGAACGUGCGGCCCAGUUCCGACGAGGUCGUAACAGGAUACGAGACCAAAGUCAUUGAUAUCGAUUCAAAGAACCGAGUCGAGUAUCAAUUAAGUGAAAUCAACGAUUCGGGUGUCUAUCUUCCUCCUCCACCAACCGAUCGCAAAUCAUUCUGGGGCACCACUUCAUCACGAUCCACCACUUCCUCCUCCAUUACCCGAUGCGCGUACGACGAAAAUGAGCCCUUCAACAUUUCGCGCGAGUCUUUCGAUUCGUAUCGGCGAUCCUUCGUGAGUCGCAAGCCUGGACAGGAGCGCGACAUGCCGGUCACACGACGGAUACUGACGAGAUCGAUACAGGACAUCUCAGCACGAUCGCCCGUGAUCCAACCCGAGACUCGCCAACGCGCCUCCCUCGACAGCCGCACAUUUCUACCUCCGCCUCCACGGACCUCCAACUCCUACAACCGACCUCUCCAGGUACCACAGACCCAAGAAGAGGAUCGCUUCGAGGACAUCAACAUCGACGACCCAAAGCCUGUCCAACCACCCAAGAAGCGCGGCAUCCUGUCUCGGAUCGUCGACGGUGGCGACCACUCCGAUCACGCCGCGGCAACGCGACCCACCUCUAGCCAGGAGAACAAGAGCGCAUGGCAUCAUUUCGGCGGCAGGAAGCGUGGUCAGAGCGGGCAGGGCGCAGAAUUGGGCAGCAUUCCGAACCGUGAUGACACACCCAAGCCGGAGACGCAAGUCCAGAGACAAGCCACGCAGCCGGCGACGCAGGCAGCCCCCAAAGAAUCAUCCAACGCAGGGUUACCGCAGGCCGCCAUCAAGGUCUAG